AAAAAAAUGUUGACAGCGAAGUUACCAAUGCUUGGUAAACGGCAUCGCAUGCAGGUGCUGGUAGCGCUUACGUAUCACAUUAUGAAUUUUGCUCAUGGACUUGGUAUCGGCUGGGUGUCACCCACGGUGCAAAUAAUACAAUCGCCUGAGACACCGUUAAGCUUUCCCGUAACCGUAGAGCAGGUAUCAUGGAUUGGAUCACUCUUCGGUUUCGGCUUUUUGAGUGGAAAUAUUCUAUUUGGCCUCACUGCCAAUCGCUUAAGUCGGAAACUGAAUAUGUAUUUAUUGGCGCUGCCACAUAUGCUAUUUUGGAUCUUAAACUAUUUUGUACAAAACGUUGAGUAUCUCUAUGCAGGCCGCUUCUUUGCCGGUGUCACCAGCGGCGGCUUGUUCGUUAUUGCGCCAAUGUUUCUUAGCGAAAUUCUAGACAAAGAUGUUCGUGGCACACUCAUGUCUAUGGGUAUGUUGUUUCUCAGCUGCGGUGUACUGAUCGGCUUCAUACUACCCACAAAAGUUGACUACUAUAUAACACCGUGUAUUGGGCUGGCGCUGCCCAUAAUUUAUGUUGUGGUGUUUUGCUUCUUCCCGGAAACACCACAAAGCCUCCUGAGAAGUGGUCGCUUUACCGAAGCGGAAGCCGCUUUCAAUUUCUACAAAGGCUUUGAUAAUGGUGUUGACGUGCAGUUGAGUCGGAGAGUUGAGGAGUCGAAAACAGCAACGGAAGUACAAAGCGAAUUUGAAGAGUUGAAAACGAUCAUUUUGACAGGAAACGCUAACGUGACUGUAAAAUURCAAGACUUUUUUGAAAGGUCAGCACUCAAAGCAUUUGCCGACACAUUUGUGCUCUGCAUACUGUAUCAACUUUCAGGCAGCUUCGCCUUCCUCAACUACAUGACUUCAAUAUUUGCCGCUUCGGGCUCCACAAUGGAUCCAUAUUUCUCUACCACAAUUGUGGGCGUAACGCAUAUAUGCGGCACGUUCGUCGCCACUGUUUUUGUGGAUCGAUUUGGUAGGAGAGCUCUGUUGUUUUCUUCCACGACCGCCAUGAUUAUUGGCAUGUUCGGAUUCGGCGCUUUUGUACAGUUUACCGAUGCGGCCAUAAAAGCUCAGUAUGAUUGGGCACCACUUGCUUUCAUGGUUGCUGUGGUUUUCACUUCGGCGUAUGGACUUUUUGGAAACUUCUUCACCAUAGUGGUGGAAAUAUUGCCGGCAAAGAUCCGUAGCCCGGCCUUAUCGAUUUCGAUGUGUUUUGUGAGCCUUUUAGUGUUCGUGAUUCUGAAGUUAUACCCUUAUUUCCUGUUCGAAUUGGGCAUUCCAGCUACUAUGUACACUUCUGGGACAAUAUCUGUUGUUACCACCAUAUAUUUGUUUAUAUUUCUGCCGGAAACAAAGGGAAAAUCAAUGGAAAAGGACAAGAAAAGUACAAAAGCAAAAAUGGUGAGGAAGCAAGGACUAACAAUUUUUAGCAAACGUUAUCGCAUGCAGAUUUUGGUAACACUUGCAGCUCACAUAAUGACGCUUUCCCAUGGCAUUGGUCUUGGCUGGCUCUCGCCAACACUCUUAAUAUUGCAAUCCCCUCGAAGCCCUUUAGAAUUCAAAGUUGCCGUUGAAGAUGUGUCCUGGAUUGGUUCGAUUUUCGGUUUGGGUUCACUUAGCAGUAACAUAUUCUUUGGCCUCUUAGCGGCUCGCAUCUCAAGGAAGACAAAUAUGUUUCUUUUGGCCAUACCACAUAUGCUCUUUUGGAUCCUAAACUAUUUCGCACAAAGUGUCGAGUAUWUCUACGCAUCGCGUUUUUUUGCGGGGCUAACCAGCGGCGGACUCUAUGUCAUUGGCCCUGUCUUUAUUAGYGAGAUUUCAGCUAAAGAAAUACGCGGCGCACUCACGUCGUUGGCAAUGAUGUUCUACAGUUGCGGCAUUCUAAUUGGUUUCAUACUGCCCUCUUACCUCAAUUAUCAUCUUAUACCAUGCAUCAUCAUUUUCCUAUCCAUAAUAUAYUUGGCUGUAUUGUCGCUUUUUCCGGAUACACCCGGGAGUCUCUUGCAACGAGGUCAACUGGAAGAAGCAGAGAAAGCUUUCAAUUUCUAUAAUAACAUUGAUAGAAAGGCUAUUAUAAGGGAAUUGUGCGUCAAUGAGCUGCAAACGUCGACAGCGAAAAGUGAUUUUGAGGAGCUCAAGGCGUCGAAAUUAGAAGGAGGGAAAGCCACGUCUAUCACUUUGCAAGACUUUUGCAACAAGUCAGCUUUAAAGAAAUUCGCGAUCGCUUUUGUACUCUGCUUACAAAAUCAGUUUUCGAGCAGUUUCGCUUUCGUAAAUUAUAUGUCGCAUAUAUUUGCYGAAUCCGGUUCGACAUUAAAUCCACAGGACUGUACUAUCUUUGUGGGUAUGGUGCAGAUAUUGUGCACACUAUUGGCUUCCAUUUUGGUUGAAAAGUUUGGUCGUAAAACACUAAUGUUGACCUCGACCGCUGGUAUGGCGCUUGGCAUGUUCGGCUUUGGUGCGUUCGUACAAUUCACGGAUGACGCAACAAAAGCCGAAUACAAUUGGGUUCCACUGGUGGCGGUUGCUUUUGUCACCGCAACAGCCUCUUUUGGCGUAAUCUCGUUGACCUUUACGAUUAUUGUGGAAAUACUGCCGGCAAAGAUUCGCGCUCAGGCUCAGUCGAUUGCAAUGAUGUUUUGCAGCAUUAUGGUCUUCAUCACGCUGAAGUUGUAUCCAUAUUUUCUCUUCAAUCUGGGCAUACCGAUCACAAUGUAUUCGUGCGCCAGCUCGUGUGUGAUCACCGGAAUUUACUUGCUUAUAUUUCUGCCAGAAACGAAGGGCAAAUCAAUGGCGAACGAUUGACAAACUAAUUAACUCAUUAAUUAAUUAAUUGUUACGGAAGUUGGUUGAAUACGAAAUAGGGACAUUUAAUAUUUAAAUAUAAGUCGCUUGGUAGCGAAAAAUCCACAUCAUGUAGUUAGAAAAUGCAUCGCGUGCUUAAUAACCCAAAAACUAAUAUUAAUAAUUUGGAAUAACCGAAAUACAGGUGAAACUGUCAGGGAUGUGGUUGAAUGCUGGACUACAGUCAACAGAAUAUAUGUGAGAGGAAAAACAUGCGUUUGCUCCCAUAAAAGCAUGUUCUACUGAUUGAGCGCCCAGCAGCAUUGCCAAAAUGAAUUAGUAGAACGGCGAUAAAAAACCGGCAAUUUCCAGAUUAUUUUUAAGUAUUAUAACUAACACAAUAAAAUUAAGUGAAAUAAGUGUGUAAACAGUUCUUCGACACAUUUCACAUCGAUCAUGAAGUCGAUUUACACAGAGAGAGUAUAAAAAUAAACUUUCAA